AAAUCUCAACAUGGUAUCGAGAGCUUUUAUGAUCUUUGAGGGCAUUUGGAAUUUUUGCUUCUGCUGCUAGAAAGGCAAGGAGUCGUUAAAGCCUGUCACCUUUGAAGGCUUGUUUCUGCUUCUGCUGUUUGUUAAGAAAGACAAGAAGUUAUUAAAGCCUGUCAUCUUUGAGGGUUGCUUGUAGAGAAGACAACAACAACUCACCCCUGUGAGACUUCCAAACAAGCUUGGAUAAGCUGAAGGAGGAGUUUCAAGGAAGACGGUAUGCGAAGUGCAAGUCUGUCAAAGGUGAAGCUCAAUGCGAGUUGUAAAGUUGCGAGCUUGUUGAAGACAGUAAGCAAAGUGCGAGCCUGUCAAAGUGAGAGCCUGUCGAAUUGCAAGCCAAAGAGGCGGACAAUCUAAAUGCAAGCAUGAGUGGGUGCAAGCCGAAAAGGCGAACGGUCUAAAUGCAAGCUUGAAAGGUGCAAGCCAAAAAUGGCAGACUGAAGACAAACAAACUAUACUUGCAAGCUGUUUAUGCAAGAAGAAGCAAGAUUGUAAUGAGCAAGAGAACAAGGCAAUAUGUGUUGUCAACUAAGGCUGUGAAGGAGGAGAAGACUCCAUUUGCCAAGGUUGAAAAUGAAGUGCUUGAGCAGGGUCAGCUUUAACUGCCAAGCUUAAAAAAUUUUUGUUGAAUGAUUUGAAUUCGCAGCAUGGAGUCUAAGGAGAAGUAUUGAAAAUUGGCUUACCAUGCUGCUAUAAUAUCUCCGGAUGAAGUGUAUGCAGCUGCAGCACAAAUGUUACAAGGCUAUUUAACUAUAAUAUUUCCAGAUGAAGUACGUGUUAGUAAUUGUACAUGUUGCAGCACGUAUGCUUGUUGUAACAUCAAUGUUAUUUUUUAGUUUCAUUGUAAUCAAUCUAGUUGAAAAUGAACAAGCUGACGACAGCUUGAUAUAUUUCGGUAUUGAAUGACUAGGUUAGGUAGCUUGUUUGUGUGUACAAGCAAUAUUUAUCAAGUUACUUAAUGUUGUUAGGUAAUGUUAGGUGAUGUAGUUAGCUAUAAAUGUAUUAUUUUUCUUAUUGAAAAAUUAAGCAUAUCAAAACAUAUCAAUUAUUGCUUCCUUGCUGCACGUUUGUGAGCAAGUAAAUUUUUCUUGCUUCCUUGUUCUGUGUCCUGUAUUUCUUUCUUUGCUCUAUUUUCUUUUUUAUUGCUGUCAAAAAUCCCAACAAAAUUCAUGGAUUCUUAUUUUCUCCAAGCAAAGACAAUGUGUUUCAUAGUCUCAUUCAAGCUGGCUAAUAGGAGUAAACUUCUUUUAGCAAUGGUCGUCUACAAGCUUGAGGGUUUUUUGGAGUUUGUAACUUGUUCUUGUGUAUUUGAUCUCAUUUUGCUGCUCAAUGGUGGAAGGUGCGGGGUUCGUUUUUGUUUCAAGAAAUUUGUUUUUCGUGAUAGUUUGUUUUAAGAAUCUCGGGUGUUUUAGUGGUGAUAUGGUGUAGGUUACCGUCUGGGGUGUGGAGUUUUAGGUAAUUGUGAGACUGUACAAGCAUAAGAAUUGGUUUAUCGCUGACUGUUGGAUCUGUUUAUUUGGGUUUAAUAAAAUUUUAGAAAAAAAAACUAACUUGCGAGAAAACAGCCAUAUUAGUCUUAGAAGCCGAACGAGAGGAUAUCGUAGCGUCCUCUCUCUACAAUCGCGGGAAACAAACAGGAAAAAGUAACUAGAAAAAAAAAGAAAGGGAUAUAUUUAAAGCUUUUACAUUUUCUCUCGUACACUGGGAAAACGUCAGAUAUAUACUGCGUUUCAUUUUCAUAGCAGUCAGUCGUUUCCCAUGUUCCCCUCCUUGCUAACAGGAUGCUUUCAUGGAACCCAUCAUUGCUAACAAUUAACAGCUUUUAUUUAUUUAAUCAUUAAUUUUUUCCCACAUUGCAAGUUAGUUCUUUUAUGGCUUUGUCCUUUUCCUUUAAACAAAAUUAAUUUUAAAAAAAGAAAAGAAAUUUGUUUUACUCUGCCAAUAAAAAAGGGUUGGCUUUUGUUUUAUUUGACCAUCGAGGCAAAAGCUUGUUUUUCUUACAACAAUGAAGAACUGUGGUGAUUUAGUGGAUAACAAGUCGGCUAUAGUCGGUGGUGUUGGGGAUAUGUACAGUGAGGAUAGUGCCACAUUGGAUCAACCUAUCACCCCAUGGACUAUCUCUGUUGCUAGUGGGUAUUCAUUGAUGCGUGACCCACGGUAUAACAAAGGGCUUGCCUUCACUGAGAAAGAGAGAGAUGCACAUUACCUGCGUGGCCUUCUUCCCCCUAUUGUUCUCAGUCAGGAACUCCAGGAGAAGAAGAUGAUGAAUCUGAUUCGCCAAUACGAAGUUCCUUUGCAUCGAUACAUGGCAAUGAUAGGUCUUCAGGAGACUAAUGAACGACUCUUUUACAAGCUUCUCAUUGAUAACGUGGAAGAACUGCUUCCAGUUGUGUACACUCCAACAGUGGGUGAGGCUUGCCAAAAAUAUGGCAGCAUUUUCAGGCACUCUCAGGGUCUUUACAUCAGUUUGAAAGAGAAGGGGAAGAUUCUUGAAACACUGAAAAACUGGCCCGAGAGAACUGUUCAAGUCAUUGUUGUGACUGAUGGUGAGAGAAUUUUGGGACUUGGGGAUCUUGGUUGCCAGGGAAUGGGCAUACCUGUAGGAAAACUUGCUCUAUACACAGCUCUCGGUGGAGUCCGUCCUUCACUAUGCUUGCCUAUUACUAUUGAUGUUGGAACAAACAACGAGAAGUUGUUAAAUGACGAGUUUUAUAUCGGACUUAGGCAAAAGAGGGCUACUGGAGAGGAAUAUGAUGAACUUCUACAAGAGUUCAUGUAUGCAGUGAAACAGAAUUAUGGAGAGAAAGUUCUAAUACAGUUUGAAGAUUUUGCAAACCACAAUGCAUUUGAACUAUUGGCAAGAUACAGUUCUUCUCAUCUCGUUUUCAAUGACGAUAUACAGGGUACAGCAGCAGUGGUUCUGGCUGGGCUUCUUUCAGCCCUGAGACUACUAGGUGGAACUCUCGCCGACCAUAAGUUUUUGUUCCUGGGUGCUGGUGAGGCCGGAACUGGUAUAGCUGAUCUCAUUGCUCUUGAGAUUUCAGAGCAGAACGGAAAACCAAUCGAGGAGAACCGCAAGAACAUUUGGCUCGUAGACUCAAAGGGAUUAAUCGUUAGCUCUCGCAAGGAAUCACUUCAAGACUUCAAGAAACCUUGGGCACAUGAGCAUGAACCUAUCACAGGACUCAUAAAUGCUGUCAAGGCAAUCAAGCCAACUAUCUUGAUUGGAACAUCUGGAGUAGGAAAACAAUUCACAAAGGAGGUUGUUGAGGACAUGGCAUCAUUCAAUAAGGUUCUUUACAUAUAUAUAUAUAUAUAUAUAUAUAUUUCUCUUAGGUCAUCUCAACUGAGUUUUAUAGUAAUCCUGAUGGCUGACUUGCAGACACCUCUUAUCAUGGCUCUAUCAAACCCUACAUCACAAGCUGAGUGUACAGCAGAAGAAGCAUAUACAUGGAGUGAGGGUCGUGCAAUCUUUGCCAGUGGAAGCCCGUUUGAUCCCUUUGAAUAUGAAGGCAAAACCUUUGUGCCUGGCCAGGCAAACAAUGCUUACAUUUUCCCUGGAUUUGGUUUGGGUGUGAUAAUGGCUGGUUCAAUUCGUGUUCAUAAUGGCAUGCUUUUAGCAGCCUCCAAAGCUUUGGCUUCACAAGUGACAGAGGAACACUACGAGAAGGGAAUGAUUUACCCACCACUCACCAAUAUCAGAAAGAUAUCAGCCAAUAUUGCUGCUAAAGUUGCUGCCAAGGCAUAUGAACUCGGUCUGGCUUCUCAUCUUCCUCAGCCUGAGGAUCUUGUUGAAUCUGCUGAGAAAUGCAUGUACAGCCCUGUCUACAGAAGCUACCUUUGAAAUUUUGUAGCAGUGUUUUAUUUUAUUUUAGCAUUUAACCCAGUUUUGUGUUAUCCCAUUUUCCUUUAUUUAUUGUUUGCCCCCCCCCCCCCCCCCCCAAAAGUUUUAUAAUCUCUCUAGUUCUCGAGAUUCCUGUAGGAAUUAUUGAUUUAUGUUUUAUUUGGUUUAUAAUUUUCAUUUUGUUCAAUAAAGAAUAAUAACAUUUAGUCUUCU